AUGAGAACCGACUUUCGUAUUUCUGGUGAUGCUUCCUUCAAGGGGGGGAUUAGUGAGUAUGAUUUGACGAUUAUCUCACCUACUGCCAGCGCCAAGACAUCGGCGACGGACCUGGAUGGGUUACAGUUUGCGGACAGGUACAGGGCGGAGCUCAGCUUUUAUGAGCGAGAAAAGUACAAUCGGUACCAAGGUAAGACGGAUACACCGUUUGUGCCAUUGUUGAUCACUGCCGGUGGUUAUCUUACGGAUACUUCGCGCGAUGUCUUCAAGAAAUCACUUACUCUUUCUGAUACAGAAGUGUCAUACGCCUUGCACAUCAGAACCCUUUGUCCAGGAUCAAGCCCACGAUGCAUCAAGUGUGGGGGCGAGAAUGGCUUAGGGCAUGACGAUCUUUGCCAGCAACGUGAGAAUGUGCGCUUAGGUCGCCACGAAUACAUCAAGAAAGUUCUCGUGAAGGCUUUAACAACGGCUCCCAACUCUAAACUCAACACUGAGCCUGUUGUUAAAGGGACUUCUAUGAGAACCGACUUUCGUAUUUCUGGUGAUGCUUCCUUCAAGGGGGGGAUUAGUGAGUAUGAUUUGACGAUUAUCUCACCUACUGCCAGCGCCAAGACAUCGGCGACGGACCUGGAUGGGUUACAGUUUGCGGACAGGUACAGGGCGGAGCUCAGCUUUUAUGAGCGAGAAAAGUACAAUCGGUACCAAGGUAAGACGGAUACACCGUUUGUGCCAUUGUUGAUCACUGCCGGUGGUUAUCUUACGGAUACUUCGCGCGAUGUCUUCAAGAAGUGGCGUCAGGUAGUUCCGCACUUUGAGAUGCUAUCUCGAACUAUCUCACUCGGGCUUAUUCGUGCUAGGGCAGCCUAUUUCGAAUUCUAG